CCGAGCCAGAAGUGAAAAAACAGUGUUUUCAGAGCAAAAGCAGAGCCCUAGAGAGAGAAAGUACGAAGAACACAUCCUAGAAGCUGUCUUAGAGCUGGAUUUCAUCAAAUCGAGCCUGGAGAUCGUCAUAGGAGUGAAAAUCAUCGUCCCGGAGCAGAUUAUCCUCAUCGUUAUGAGUAUGACUAAUCCGAUUCUUGUUUUCUCUUCUCUCUCUAUGGAGUAGAACCCUUCUCUCACUUGGGGAUGAAGAACCCUAGUUCUAUGUGUUAGGGAUUGAUUGUAAUGACUUGGGAUGAUAUUACUGUUUGGUUUUAAUCGAUUGAGACAUGCUUUAUUGAGUCAAUUGAAUCCUGAUCAAAUUCUCUUGAUUUCUGCUUUAACCUAUGAUAGAUAGAAUCUGAUUAGGUUAAGAGAGCUUCCUUGAUUGAUAGUGGUGAAUUGGUUGUGCGAGAGUCAAUCAAUUUACUGCUUUGUACUGGAAUCUAAUUCCAGUAGUGAAUUUCUAUUCUUACUGCUUCAGCUUUCUAUCCCGGUGAAGGCUAGUCGUCUGCCGGGUAGUUAGACUGAGAGGGCUUGGUCAGCUUAAGAGAUUCCAAGCUACUGCCGGAUCUUUCGCAGUCUAAUCAACAGUAAAUCAACCCAGGGUAAAUUGCAAUUGAAACCUAACUAAGGAGCUAGGGGGAUUCAUUCCCGAGUGACUCUUUCCUGCUUAAGAAAACCGAAUAAUUUCCUGCUUUAUUUCUGCUUUCAGUUUAAACAACAAUCACUUACUCUAGUUGGCUAGAUAACAGAGAAUCACUGAGUAAGCAGUAGAUCUAGAGCCCGGGUUGAUAAUAUAACUUGCCUGUUACUGCAUUCCCGGUCUGCGAUUACACUUGGUCGCAGAUUGGUGUUGUGUUUUGGCGUGUCACCUCUGUAUAGUUUAUCACUCACAGGAACCCCAGAUUCGUCCUUAUCUAGCUUCAAAUUGGAAGCCAUGGGAGUAGAGGCAGGUUUCAAAUUCUCAAGACCAAACCGAUUAAGGGACCAUGUCAGAAUUUGUUACUCUAGCUUUUAUUUUCUGCUUUUUAUUUCUUCCACCUGUGUGCCUUCACGGGUUGUUUCUGCUGAUAGUGUGCAGGUAGUGCAUGACCCGUAGCCAGUCGGGAGAUCUACUACCACUAGACCAAGAGCUUGAACGAACCUGCAGAAACUUCAAGCGGGCUCUAAAGGCGCGACUGGCUGCGGAGGAGGCGCUAUCACAGCUGCAGUUAGAGGAGGAAGAAGAAGAGAUGGCUGAACCAGGGAACCAUGCUGUGAUCCCCGAGGAGCAGACCAUGGGCUCCUACUGGACCGCUAGGGCUGCGGACAUGAGGACACCCAUUCAGCACCCUCAGGUCCCAGCCAACAAUUUUGAGGUGAGCACCUCCGUGAUCACCAUGCUGCGCGGUUCAGUAGUGUUCCGUGGUAAGGAGGGAGAGUGCCCUCGAUCACAUCUCAGGCGAUUCCACGAGCUCAUCGAUGGAAUCAAGAUCAAUGGGGUACCAGCAGAUGCCAUCCAGCUGAGGUACUUCCCAUUCACUCUGGAGGGGCAGGCCAAGGAGUGGCUAGACACUCGAUCUCCGGGCUCCAUCACCACGUUCGCCAACCUGGCGGACAAGUUCCUCACCCGCUACCAUCCUCCAUCCAAGACAGCUGACCUGCAGAAGCAAAUUACACAUUUUGCUCAGGAUGAGGAUGAGACCAUCAGGGAUGCAUGGGAGAGGUACAACAGUCUUUUCCUCAGGUGUCCCAAUCAUGGUUUCAACGAUGCGUUCAAGGUGGGCACCUUCUAUCACGCCCUCUUCCCGGAGGACAAGCAGCUGAUCGAUUCGGUUUGUGGCGGGAACAUGCUGACCAAAACCCCGCCACAGCUGAAUCAACUCUUUGAAGAGAUGGCGGAGAAUGGUUAUGAUUGGGGCACUGCCAGGAGAUCGAGGAGAGCACCAGGCCGGGGUGUGCAUGCUGUGGGCACCCAGUCAUCCGAUUUGGUGCAGGUAGUAUCGAAGCUGGUCUCAGCUAUCGAUCGUUCCGGGAUGAUUCCAGGGACCGGACAGCAGCAGGCGAUGCUCUGCCAGUGGUGCAAGAGCACCCAUCAUAUGGUGGAAGACUGCCAGGCGAUGAAGGAAUCGACCACGCCCCAGGAGCAGGUGAACUUCAUCAACAAUGUCAGGCGCAAUGACCCCUACAGCAACACGUACAAUGAGGGGUGGCGCCAGCAUCCUAACUUCUCCUGGACUGGGCCAAAUCCCAGACCACCAGCUCCACAGGGACCACCGGGCUUCCAGAGGCCACCAUAUCAGCCCAGACAGGGGCAAUUCCAGCAGCCAGGUGCAGCCCCUGCUGCCCCAGUGCAGAAUGAUCAGAUGGCUGAACUGCGGGACUUGGUGGGUUCUCUUGCCAGUGUUAGUGCUCAGAAAUUCAACACCUUUGAGCAAUUCAUGGAGAAGGCCUCGGGUCAACUCCUGGCUCUGGAAGCUGGUCAGAGGAAUACACGGGCUGUUUUGCAGGAUAUCCAGACCCAGCUGGGGAGCGUGGCCCAGGCAGUGGCUCAAAGGGCUCCUGGUACUCUACCAGGGCAGACCAUCCCUCACCCGCCUACCCCGAAUGAGCGCUGCAAUGCCAUCAUGACCAGGAGUGGCAAGAUGACUGUUGAUCCCCCUGCUCGGGAACCGGAGAAAGAAAGCCCUGUCUUAGCGGUUCCAGUGGUUGAACAGGAAGUAGAGAAGGAAGUUGAGAUGCCUGCACCUAAACCGCAACCAGUAGUGAAGGAGUAUGUCCCUAAACUCCCUUUCCCUACCCGGUUGCACAAAGACAGGCUGGAGGCAGAGUUCGAGAACUUCAUGGCCAUGCUUAAGAAGCUGAAUGUCCAAGUGCCCUUCCUGGAGGCACUAUCGCAAAUGCCAAAGUAUGCGAAGUUUCUGAAAGAGCUUCUCUCAAAGAAGCAGAAGCUGAGUGAGCUGGCCACGGUAGAGCUCAGCGAGGAAUGCUCGGCUAUUCUGCAAAACAAGCUUCCGCAGAAGAAGAAGGACCCAAGUAGUUUUACUAUCCCGUGCUCUAUUGAUAAAUUGCAUGUAGAGAAGUCCUUGGCGGAUUUAGGUGCUAGUAUCAAUGUUAUUCCAUAUAAAUUGUUCAUGAAACUAGGCCUAGGUGAACCCCGUGCUACUAGGAUGACCCUUCAAUUAGCUGACAGAUCUGUAGUGCAUCCUAGGGGUAUAGUGGAAGACCUUCUGGUUAAGGUUGGCAAAUUCACAUAUCCCGUGGAUUUUGUUAUCUUGGACAUCAGUGAGGACACAGAAGUGCCUCUUAUACUGGGAAGGCCUUUCCUGGCCACCGCCAAGGCUCUCAUAGAUGUGCAUGAUGGGACCUUAGUUUUGAGGGAUGGCGAGGAGCGAAUAACGUUUUCUGUUGCUGAUACUAUACCUGCUUCGUCACCUCUGCAUGCUGUUUCUCACCAGCAGCACGAGUCUGUCGUGUAUCCUUCUGUGCUGCCUAUUUUGCAGGAACCGCCUCCCACACCUUCGCCGCCACUCCGGACCACUCCGUCACCCAAAGAACAGAUCAAGGAGGAGUGGCGGCCGAAACUGCCGGCAGCUAAGCCUGCUCGAAAGGAAGCCGGAGACCACUAUGAGCUGGUCCCGCCCCGUCCUUGGCCAUCCGAGUAUUCACUCGCUUGCAUCCUACCGGAUGGCCAAGUUGAGCUGGCGAAUGCAGGUGGCCACAUUCGUCGCGUGCAUGGCCACCAUUUGAAGCUGUACCUCAAGAGCGAUGUGGAUCCGCUCUUGAAGGCACCUGAUCCUACACUUCCCUGAGCAUCCAUACUGGCGUCCAGCUAAAAGACGGUAAAGAAGCGCUUGUGGGGAGGCAACCCCACUGAGGUUUGCAUUUUCUUACUCUUUUUCCUUUGAUUUUGUGUGUUUUUGAGUCUUGAGACGUUGAUCCAGAGUCCAGUGUCGUUUUUGAGGGAAAACAGGUUGAUUUCGGGACUCCAACAAGUCGCACGGCCAGGACCACAACUUGCACGGCCGUGCGGAACCCCCCUUGACCGUGCGAGCUCUCGGCCAAAACCGCAUGGCCAAAAGCGCUUAUAGCACGGCCGUGCGCUCAUCCUGGCCUGGCCGUGCGUCUUGCACGGGCACAAUAAUGCCUCGCAUGGCCG